GUGUGGGCUGAGAUACUGCCCGGGCGCCCAGACCGAAGCAGGUGGUUUUCUUAGGGGGCCGCACCCCGAGCCUUUGACCUAAGGGUCUGGUCCACAAGGCAGUGGAGCAUCGUGAGGAGAUGCAGUCCCAUGGAAGCUGGUGACCAAAAGUUGGUUCAUACGCCAUUUGUUCCUUCAGGAUACUGGAGCCCAUGUGCGCCAUAGAAUUGGAACCGGUUAUAGCGCCGGACGUUCGCUUUUCGUCCUCUCAUUUUCGUAAACAACAGUAAUGCCACGAGAAGGCAGUGAGUAGGACUUCCCUGGCAGAGGCUGUAUACGCGUGGCCGUGUGGGAGUAUUUCGAGAGGGAGGGCGAACCCUCCCCGCUCUCGGCCAUACCAGGGCAUUUGGGGGCGGAUGAUGCAGUGGGGUUUUGAAAUGUCAAUAUUAUAUUGUUUUAUAAAAACACCAGUCAAAGGAAGCUUCAAAUUUCCAAAUAGUAAUAAAUUGAAAUUUUUUUAUGAUGAGUGAUAGAAGCAAUAAGGCUCGAAACUUUUUAAGUAUCAUUUUAACAAGGUAACCUUGCCGAUUAUAGCAGUUAGACUCUGUGAGGCACCUCUGGAUGAUACAGAGGUAGUUUUUCUCUAUAUCAGACGGAUUACGUUGAAGUAGUUUAUCAAAUUUGAUUUUGAUUGUAUUUCCUACUUUUAUGUUUUUUACUUUUUAGCCUAAAUGAGUGACCUUGAGUUUACUUCAAGUCUGCUAGAGGAUGAGGAAGAACAAGAUUCGACUUAUGAUCGUGGAAAGAAGCGAAUGUUUUCUCGUGAAAUACGCUCAAUGUUGUAUGCUUUUGGAGAUGAUGAAAAUCCAUUACCUGAAACUGUUUCCUUAGUUGAAGAUAUAGCAGUUCGACAUAUUAUAGAAAUGACUAAAAAAGCAUUAAGAAUUGGUAAACCAGGAAAAAUCUCUGUUGAAGAUGUUACUUAUCUCGUCCGACGUGACCCCAAGAAAUUUUCUCGAGUGAAAGAGUUGCUCCUACUAAGUGAAGAGCUCCGACGUGCACGCAAAGCAUUUGAAGAGGAUGAGUUUGAUGUGCUUAAAUAAAUGAAUGCUUUUUGACCCGUGUACUACCGUUUGUUGUUUAUUUGUAAAUAAAUUUUGCGCUUCUUAAAGUCAGUAAUAAAAGUC